AUGUGGAAGGAGAUCGGAGACAGAGAAUUUGGCAAGCUUCGCACUAGUUUAUUCAGGAAUCGUAUUAAGUCGUCUCGAAUCUCUUCUAUUCAACUCUCCAACUACAAAGAUAUCGUUUCUCCUCAUCGUGGCGCCGUCAACUCCCUUCAGGUUGAUUUGACAGAGGGACGAUAUCUGUUAUCCUCUGCUUCGGAUGCAUCAGUUGCUGUUUAUGAUGUCCAACGUGCAACUGAUUACGAUGGAAGUGGUCUGAUUGCAAAGCAUAAGCACAUACUUUUGGUUGACAAGCAACAUGAACAGGGCCACAAAUAUGCUAUUUCCACUGCCAUCUGGUAUCCAAUUGACACAGGGCUUUUUAUUACAGGCUCUUAUGACCAUUACGUUAAUGUCUGGGAUACUAACACGACGCAGGUGGUAAUUAAUUUCAAAAUGCCUGGAAAAGUGUACAAGACUGCUAUGUCUCCGGUGGCAACAUCACACAUGUUGAUUGCUGCUGGAUCUGAAGAUGUUCAAGUUCGUCUUUGUGAUAUUUCUUCGGGUGCAUUUGCUCACACAUUAUCUGGCCAUCGUGACGGAGUCAUGUCAGUUGAAUGGUCUGCUUCUAGCGAGUGGGUUUUGAUAACAGGGGGAUGCGAUGGCGCCAUUCGUUUUUGGGACAUCAGGCGUGCAGGAUGCUUUCGUGUUUUAGAUCAGUCUCAUUCUCAGCUUGGAAGACGCCCAACUCUUCUUACACGUUCCACUGCAAAUAAGAGAGCACAGAAACCACACAGUUGUUCUCUAGGUUUACAAAGUUCCACGCCGAAAUCAUCUUCAGGAGGCCCAUCAUCUGCUAAAGGCCGUCCAUCUCAGAACAACAACAACAACAAACCCAGUGUAAUCCCUCAAGUGGGAUCUGUGGGCCGUCCAUCUCAGAAGAAAAUGGGAAAUGGUGUGAGUAUCAAACAGUCUGCAAGACAAGUGAGGGGGUCUGGGAAGCAGCGACUGCAUCCAGGGAUGUUGUCUAGUCAGGAUAGAGCCACUGCUCAUUAUGGUGCUGUCAAUGGAUUAAAAGUGACCAAUGAUGGAAUGUAUCUCCUUAGUGCAGGUUCUGAUUCAAGGUUAAGGUUAUGGGAUAUUGAAUCUGGUUGCAAUACACUUGUGAACUAUGAAACAUCACGCCUGCAAGCCACAAAAGCUAUACAACUAGCCAUAUCUCAUGAUUCAACACUUGCAUUUGUGCCAUGCAUGUCAACUACUAAGGCAUUUGAUUUGUGGUCGGGCAAGACGAUGAUGGAUUUACGUGGCCACUAUGAAAAUGUGAACUGUUGUCUGUAUGAUUCACUGGACCAGGAACUGUACACGGGUAGUAAUGACCGGAAAAUUCUUGUCUGGUCUCCGAGCAAAGUCACUACUGAUGAACUGGAGGGGAGGGAUGGACAAACUUUUGCGAUCGAUCAAGAUAAUUGGAGCGACUGAGUAGCUCAGAAAAUUUCAGAGGUUCCAUGUCAAGUUUGAACUUUCAGUUUCCUGUAUUUACCACUAGUCAAGCUUGAACGAAGAUGUAAUAAAUUGGAACCCGAUGCUGUAUAACAUUUUCCUAUUUUUAUUUGAAUGUGCGGACUGUAUCCUAACAAACGAUCAAAUAAUGGGGAAUGGUUCUCCAAAGUCCAAAUGGAAAGACGAGUUUCUUGUUA